CCCGACAUGCCCCAGGGCUAGGAGAGUCACGUGAGGGUGGCCGGGCGGGGGGCGGGGGAGGAUGGGAGGUGGAGACUUGACUGUUUCUUCGUCUCGAUGGUUAUUCGAGGUAGGCGGCUUUGAAGGCGCGGCCGCUGGAACUGGAUCUUGGAUGCGAUGUUCCGUCUUAACUCACUGACUGUGUUGGCAGAACUGGCUGUGCGUUCUCGAUGGUACCAUGGAGGAGCACAGCCCACCCAGGUUAGGCGGCGACUGAUGAUGGUGGCUUUUCUGGGGGCAUCUGCGGUCACUGCAAGUACUGGUCUCUUGUGGAAGAGGGCCCAUGCAGAAUCUCCACCAUCUGUAAACAACUUAAAGACUGAACUUGGUGAUGAAGGAAAAAAUAAAGAUGAAGGGAAAGUUUGUGACCCUGAACAAAAGGGUGCAGAUGCUUGUGUUGAACCUUAUCCAGAAGAGAAAAAGAAGAAACGUUCUGGAUUCAGAGAUAGAAAAGUGAUGGAAUAUGAAAACAGGAUCCGAGCAUAUUCCACACCAGACAAAAUCUUCCGAUAUUUUGCCACCUUGAAAGUAAUCAGUGAACCUGGUGAAUCUGAAGUGUUUAUGACUCCACAAGAUUUUGUGCGAUCCAUAACACCUAAUGAAAAACAACCUGAAUACUUGGGUCUGGAUCAGUAUAUUAUAAAACGCUUUGAUGGAAAGAGAAUUGCCCAGGAACGAGAAAUAUUUGCUGAUGAAGACAGUAUAUUUUAUACCCUUGGAGAAUGUGGACUCAUAUCAUUUUCAGAUUACAUUUUCCUUACAACUGUUCUUUCUACUCCUCAGAGAAAUUUUGAAAUUGCCUUCAAGAUGUUUGACUUGAAUGGAGAUGGAGAGGUAGACAUGGAGGAGUUUGAACAGGUUCAGAGCAUCAUUCGUUCCCAAACCAGUAUGGGUAUGCGUCACAGAGAUCGUCCUACUACUGGCAAUACCCUCAAGUCUGGCUUGUGUUCAGCCCUUACAACGUACUUUUUUGGAGCUGACCUCAAGGGGAAACUAACAAUCAAAAACUUCCUUGAAUUUCAGCGUAAACUUCAGCACGAUGUUCUGAAGCUAGAGGUAGGUGUUCGUUGGACUCCAGGUUUGUGGGCAGUGUCUACCAAAUAGGCAACGGGGCCUCUG